AUGGCCCUUGUUGAACUCGACUCCUCCGAAGUCGACCUGCACUGCACGUCCCCCCUUUCUCUCCCCAUCCCUCUCGCCGUUCCUCUCCUGAGCUACAGCCUCUGGUUGUCCACUCAGCCUCGUGCCAAGCCUUCCCUUCGGCUUCGGGAUUUCUUGCAGGAGCUCUCCGAUGCCUCGCCGCCGUCGAUUCGGCAAGGAUCCUGCGGUGCGGAGGAGGGCGAAUGUGAAGUCUUGGUACCGCCUGAGACGCAGUUAUUCGAUGUGUCGCGUCGAGGAAACUACAUUCCUGCCGUCAAUGAGUCGUAUCAAGAAAAGCCUACCAAACCUCUCGCAGCAGGUGAUGAAAUCGUCACGUGUUUACAGACGACAAGCGAUUCUAUCGAGUCAACGGCCAACGGGGAUGCAAGGGAGGGAAAGGACGCGCAGAGUGGGUCGGCGCGCCCUUCAUGCGACAGCAAAGGCUCGUGCGAUAGCGAGCGAUCGUGCGACAGCGAGGAUUUGUCAAGCGACGACGAAUCGUCAAGCAGUGACGAGUCGUGCAGUGGAUUCUCGUCGUUCGGGAGUGAAGAUUCCUUCGAACUUUCCAAUUCCUCCGCCGCAGGCAGCGGACGAGCUGCCGAGCCGCUGAUUGGCCAAUCAUCGCCGAGCGCCGCGCUGGCUCAACCAAACGACGUUGACUCAUUCAUACCCGCGUUGACUCUCGACGACGACCGACCCUUCAACGCCACUUGGCCGUUCGGGCCGUACAGGUUCCCGCCGGUGUCGCCGGCGCGUGCGACAGGAUCGCCCAGCAAGUCGCCCAACAGCAAGGGGCAGCGGGUUCGGUGGUGCGACGAAGAGGACGGCGGGUCGCUCGUCGAUGUUCGCGAAUUUGAGCGAAGCGACGUGGAGUGGGAGGAUAUUCAUCUGCCGCCCAGGCGACGCAGAUACGACGCGACCGACGAGGAUGACGUGAAAGGGGAGGAGGGGGAAGAGGGGAUGGAUGAGGGUGGAGAGGGCGGUGGAGGUCAACGCUUCACCAAGCCCUUCCAGGGGCAGCGCACGUGUUGGGUGGCGGGGGGUGUUGGGUAG